AAGAACCAAUCAAGGAAGAAGGGGACCAGAAAGAAGCCUUGCCAACAGAAACAGAUGAAUUGACAACGGAAGCUGAGGAUGUACACACAACACCAUCAAAGCCCCAUAGCGCUGGUUCAAAUGUGAGAGACGCUGCAAAUAGGAUUCUCAUCUUAUGCCAGAAAGGAGAAUGGGCUCCUGUGGAUCAAGUGUUGAAAUCUAUAGAACGAAGUGUUGCUGGAGCUGCAGAGGAUGUCCAUGUGGCACCUUUAGCAGGGGUGCUGGAUACGACGACUGGAAUGACUCCACUCAUGUAUGCAGUUAAAGAUAACAGAACUUCCCUAGUAGAGAGGAUGCUUGAACUUGGAUCUGAUGUAACUGCAAGAAACAAUGAAAAUUUCAACGUUCUUCAUUUGGCAGCCAUGCACUCUAGAGAAGACAUCGUGAAGCUGCUUUUGGCCAAAAAAGGAUGCGAUCCAUAUUCAACCGGUGGUAUUAAAAACCAAACAGCCGUCCACAUUGUCGCCUCAAGACAAACAGGAACUGCAACAGCCAUUUUACGAGCUCUAUUGAACACCGCAGGAAAAGAAAUCAGAUUGAAAACGGACGGGAAAGGAAAAAUACCUCUACUAUUGGCAGUUGCUGCUGGAAAUCAGUCGAUGGUCAGAGAACUUCUUCAUGUUAUGCCUCUUGAACAGCUGAGAGCUUUGUCUUCAAAUGGAGACGCAGCUUUACACAUUGCUGUGAGAAAGAAGGACAUAGACAUGGUUAGAAUUCUGGUGGAUUACGGCACUCCGGUAGAUAUCCAAAAUGUCGAGGGACAAACUCCACUCCACAUAGCUGCAGCUGAAGGUGACGAGGUACUUGUGAAGUACUUCUAUGGAGUACGAGCUUCUGCAAACAUAUCCGACAACCAGGACCGAACUCCAAUGCAUUUGGCAGCAGAAAACGGACAUGCAAAUAUUAUAGAACUACUCUGUGAUAAAUUCAAGGCUAGUAUAUUGGAGAGGACCAAAGAUGGUUCGACUUUGAUGCAUAUUGCAUCUCUAAACGGUCAUGCAGAUUGUGCGAUGAUGCUUUUCAAGAAAGGAGUGUACGUACAUAUGCCAAAUAAGGAUGGAGCAAGAAGUAUCCAUACAGCUGCUAGAUAUGGUCAUGUAGGAAUAAUCAACACACUACUACAAAGAGGAGAAAAAGUUGACGUCACUACGAAUGAAAAUUUCACAGCUCUUCAUAUAGCAGUCGAGUCUUGCAAACCCAUAGUGGUGGAAACUCUACUAGGUUAUGGAGCAGAUGUUCAUAUACGAGGAGGAAGAUUGAGAGAAACGGCUCUCCAUAUAGCAGCUAGAGUUAAAGAUGGUGAACGUUGUGCCUUAAUGUUACUUAAAUCAGGAGCAGGACCAAACUUGCUGGACGAAGGUGGCCAAACGCCAGUACAUAUAGCUGCAAAAUAUGGCAACCUUCAAACCCUUCUUUUACUACUUGAAGAUGGAGGUGAUCCAGAAUUCAAAAACAAGCACGGUGAAACACCUCUCCACCUUGCAUCUAAAGGGUGUCAACCUGAAGUAGUCAUGCAACUUAUCAAAUAUGUGAAAGAUAAGAAAGGCGAUGACAAAGCCACCCAUUACGUUAAUGCUACAAAUGAAAACGAUGAAACAGCACUCCAUUGUGUUUGCUCGGUUUCAAGUGAUAAAGUUCCAACACCUAACGCUGAUAAAGAAGUGGUGAAGCUAUUACUAGAGAAUGGAGCAGACGUUAAACUACAAGCUAAGCAACAUGAAUCAGUAUUUCAUUACGUGGCAACAGUUGGAAAUAACAGCGUCCUAAUGGAAAUGAUAUCGCAUAUGGAUCCACAAGAUGCCCAGAAAGCUUUGAAUAGACAGAACUCUAAUCAGUGGACGCCCUUGAUGAUAGCAUCCAACAAAGGACAUACAAAAAUGGUUAACAAUUUACUUACACAUUCCGCCAGAGUGGAUGUUUUCGAUAGUGACGGCAGGUCAGCAUUGCAUCUUGGUGCCGAACAUGGUUACCUCCAAGUUUGUGGAUCCCUCUUGGAACACAAAGCAUUCAUCAAUUCAAAGUCGAGAAACGGACAGACUGCUUUACAUUUGGCUGCAAAAUACGGGUUCAUUCAUUUGGUGAGGUUUCUGAUAAAGGAACAUAAUGCUGUCGUUGAUAUCCUUACCCUGAAGAAACAAACACCUCUUCAUUUAGCUGCUGCAGCUGGUCAGAUCGAAGUAUGUAAAUUACUGCUAGAACUUGGAGCUGACAUAGAUGCUACUGAUGAACUGGGACAAAAACCAAUCCAUGCGGCAUGUAGCAAUAAUCAUUCAGAAGUAGCAAAGUUAUUCCUUCAGGAACAUCCGGGAUUAGUCAUGGCAAUGACGAAAGAUGGAAAUACUUGCGCUCAUAUAGCUGCUGCCCAAGGAAGUGUUACUGUAAUAGAAGAACUCAUGAAAUUCGAUAAACAAGGCGUUAUCAAUUCAAGAAACAAAAUGACUGAUGCAACGCCCUUGCAAAUUGCAGCUGAAGGAGGCCAUGCUGAAGUUGUUAAGGCCUUGGUGAGGGCUGGAGCAAACAUAACAGAUGAAAAUAAGGCAGGUUUUACUGCUGUUCAUUUGGCAGCUCAAAAUGGCCAUGGGAGUGUCUUGGAAGUAUUCAGACCUUCCAAUACUUUGAGAAUUGUAAGCAAAAAGUUAGGUGUCACGCCGUUACAUGUUGCAGCUUAUUAUGGUCAAGCUGAUACUGUAAGAGAGUUAUUGUCUCACAGUCCGGGAACAGUGAAGUCAGAACCACCAAACGGUGGUACACUGGUGCCAAUUCUUGGUAAUGAAUCUGGUAUGACACCAUUGCAUCUAGCUUCUUUCUCUGGCAAUGAGAACGUUGUAAGACUUCUCUUGAACUCUGCCGGAGUUCAAGUGGAAGCUCAAACACUAGAAAAUGGGUAUAAUCCAAUGCAUCUAGCUUGCUUCGGAGGUCAUGUGACUGUUGUUGGACUCUUGUUGAGUAGGCAAGCAGAUUUGCUUCAGAGUCAGGAUAAGCAUGGAAAGACAGGUCUGCAUAUCGCUGCAACACAGGGGCAUUAUCAAAUGGUGGAAGUUUUACUUGGUCAAGGCGCUGAAAUCAACUCACCCGAUAAAAAUAGCUGGACUCCACUCCAUUGUGCUUCCAAAGCUGGUUGUUUCGAGGUGGUCAAACUUCUAACGGAAUCAGGCGCUUCUCCAAAAUCUGAAACCAAUCUUGGAGCAGUACCAAUUUGGUUCGCCGCCUCUGAGGGCCAUCACGAUGUUUUAGAGUACCUCAUGACGAAAGAACACGACACUUAUGAUCUGAUGGAGGACAGGAGAUUCGUGUAUAAUCUAAUGGUUUGCUCCAAGAAUCACGAUAACAAACCAUUGGAGGAAUUCGUUUUGGUGUCACCAGCACCAGUAGAUACUGCAGCUAAGCUUUCGAAUAUCUUGAUCGUUUUAUCCAACAAAGAAAAAGAAAGGGCUAAAGAUCUUAUCGCUGCUGGGAAGUAUUGUGAGUAUAUGGCUACUGAACUGCUUGCACUAGCUGCUGGGGCAGACUCCGCUGGCAAGAUUUUGACUUCGGUAGACAGAAGAAGUGUAGAAUUCUUAGAUGUGCUCAUUGAGAAUGAACAAAAAGAAGUGAUUGCGCACACAGUAGUCCAAAGGUACUUACAGGAACUCUGGAAAGGAGGCCACAAUUGGGCAGCAUGGAGAACCCUCCUUCUUUUCCUCCUUUUCAUAAUAUGUCCACCAGUGUGGAUAGCUUUCACUCUACCCCUAGGUCAUAAGUACUACAAAGUUCCAAUAAUAAAGUUCAUGUCCUAUCUAACUUCCCAUGUAUAUCUUUUGAUAUUUUUACUUCUUGUAGCUAUAAUACCACCUUAUCCUAUUGUAAGAAAUAAUUUGCUACCAUAUUGGUAUGAAUGGAUUCUUCUCAUUUGGCUUAGUGGCCUUCUUCUUUUCGAAUUGACCAAUCCAAGUGAUAAGUCGGGUUUGGGCUGGAUAAAAUUGUCUGUACUCCUCCUGAGUAUAUUUGCAGUAUCAGUUCACCUCUUUGGAAUACUGUUCGUUCAAAAAGCACACUGGCCCACCCUUAUGUACUGCAGGAACCAAUUAUUUGCCCUAUCUUUUGUUGCUGCUUGUGUUCAAAUUUUGGACUUCCUCUCCUUCCAUCAUCUCUUUGGUCCUUGGGCGAUAAUCAUUGGCAAUUUGAUGAAAGAUUUGGCGAGAUUCUUAGCUGUGUUGGCCAUUUUCGUUUUUGGUUUUUCGAUGCAAUUCGUGGCCUUGAAUCAGAAGUUUCAAGAGAAGCUGACAGAAGAAGAGAUCCUCAGGCUUAGCAGGAAGAAGAAAAUUCAUUAUUUUGACGAAGUCCAAAAGAACCCGAUUUCCGCUUUCGAAAAGCUGUUUUUCGCCGUUUUUGGGCAGACUAGCAUAACCCACCUUAAAAUCGAUGGUUUCACUGCAGCCAACCACAACUUUCAGCCGAUAUGGGCGGAGAAUCUGUUCAAGUGUGUUUUUGGUAUCUAUAUGUUGGUUUCGGUAGUUGUUCUGAUUAACCUUCUAAUAGCUAUGAUGACAGAUACAUACCAACGUAUCCAGGCUCAAUCUGAUAUUGAGUGGAAAUUUGGUCUCAGUAAAUUGAUUCGAUCAAUGCAUAGGACAACCACAGCACCAAGUCCUAUAAAUUUGAUAACCACAUGGUUGUUCUAUAUAGUAGACCUAUGCAAGGCGAGGGUCAAGAAGAAGAAGAAACAAAGUAUGGCACAUUUCGCUCAAAGUUUCAGACUGCCAGAGCCCAAAUUGAGUCCGAGGUCGAAAGCUGGUCAAAAAUGGUUGUCCAAAAUCAAAAAGGCUCAGGUGGUACCAAAGCGAUCCUUAACAAUAUCACAUGGCAGAGCUAGUAUUGGGUCGCAGUUGAGCUUCAGCUUAACCACGACAAGAAUCGAAACUGUAGCUGAUUGGGAAAUAAUCGCAAAGAGAUACAGGGCCCUGAUUGGUCACAUGGACGAAGUGAAAGAGACCAGUGCAGAGAAUGACGAUGAAAACGACGAUGAAGACAAUGACCAAGUUGAAAACCAAGCUGGUUGAAUUGAAUCACAUUAUCUUUACCACAAAUCUUCCAUUUUUCCAACGUUAGACAGUAGUUUCAAUUCUAAUAUUCUAUGAAAAUUGAGAUGUUAUCUGAAAAUAAAUAUUCUUAUACCAAAAGUAAA